AUGAGUCCGCUCACUCUGGCAGCCUGGUAUGUUCGUUCCUUUAGAGACAAUCCUAGGAAAAACCGGCGGGAACCGAGGACGGAGAAAGUGGCUCAGGAACAGGCGCGCUACAAGGUGGUCAUCGCUGCACUCAGCGAGACCCGCGUCUCCAAGCAAGGCCAACUGGACGAGGUAGGCGCCGACUACACCUUUUUCUGGAGCGGUCGUACCAGGGCAGAGCAACGGAACGCGGGCGUUGUCUUUGCCAUCCGGAAUGACAUUGUAAAACGACUGCCCUGCCUGCCGUAGGGCAUCAAUGGCCGCCCGAUGAGCCUCCGUCUGGCUCUCCGGGGUGACAAAUUCGUCACCAUCGUCAGUGUCUACGCCGCUCCAGUGAGUAACUCCGACGCCUCAAGGAACAAAAUAUACGAGGACCUGCAUGCUCUACUGACGUCUUUGCCAAAGGGGGGGUGAGUUGAUUUUCCUCGGUGAUUUCAACGCCCGCGUCGGCACAGACCAUGCAGCCUGGAGAGGAUCCCUGGGUCCCCAUGGUCUCAAAGGAUCCAAAGACAAUAUUCUGCCCCUCCCACGAACCUGCGCAGAAAACCGCCUCAUCUUGACCUACACCUACUUCCACCUUCCGUUGCGAGAGAAGGUCACCUGGAUGCAGCCUCAGUCUCGAAAUUGGCACCCGAUGGACAAUGUCCUCGUACGGAGGCGAGACCAACAGAACGUGCUGCUGACAGAGGUGUUUCCGGGUGCCGACGGAUGGGCCGACCAUCGCCUCGUUAUCUCCAAGAUGCUGAUUCGCCUACGGCCACCCAAGAAACCUUAAGUUAAGUGACCCGCAGUCAAGUUGAACAUUUUUUUGUUGUCUUUGCCUGCUCACCAUCCCCAUUUCAGCAACGAACUAGCUCAAGGGCCAGCCAAUUUUCCAGUCGUCACCUCCGCUGAUGGGGACGCCUCCGUGGAUAACCGAUGGUGUCAACUGCAGGAUACAGUCUAGACAACCGUCCCGGCUAUCCCCGGUCACGCACGACGCCAACAUCAAGACUGGUUCUAUGACAACGACGCCAGCAUUAGCAAGUUGCUGGCCGGGAAUAACAGCCUGCACAAGGCCUACGUCGGCCGCCCCACCGACGACGGCAAAGCAACCUUCUACCGUAGUCACCGACUUGUGCAACAGCGGCUUUGGGAGGUGCGGGGCGCCUGGACUGCUUGAAAGACCGAGGACAUACAAGAAUACGCGGAUCGCAAAGAAUGGAAGAGCGUCUUCGUCUCGAUCAGGGCUGUCUACGGCCCCACAACCAAAGCAACUCCUCACCUUCUCUGCGCCCACGGAACCACUCUACUCACUGCGAAGACGCGCGUUCUGCAGCGAUGGGCCAAGCAUUUCAGAGGCAUCCCCAGCCGUCCCUCCACCAUCUCCGACGGCGCCAUCGCCCGUCUACAUCAAGUAGGGAACAAUGCCAACCUCGACUUCCCGCCAUAUAUCCAUGAAACCAUCAGGGCCGUGUGGCAGCUCUCCAGCGGGAAAGCGCCCGGAUCAGACGCGAGCCCUGCGGAGAUCUACAAACACAGUAGCCCCCCACUCAUUGAUCAUCCGAAUGCACUCUUACAGGAGAUGUGGCGUCAAGGCGAAUUCUCGCAUGACUUCAAGGACGCCAAAAUCGCCUCUCUCUAUAUUCGGAAAGGUAAUCGCCAGUUCUGAGACAACCACCGAGACAACUCCUUACUGAACAUCUCCGAGAAAGUUUUCGCUUGCAUCCCCCCCAAUCGCCUAAAUUACCAUCUGGAUCAAGGUCAGAAAGCCAGUUCGGCUUCCGCUCUCACCGUGGUACAUCCGACAUGGUCUACGCCGCCCGCCAACAUCAGGAGAAGUGACAGGAGAUGCAAACCUACCUUCGACACGGUGAAUCACAAAGGACUGGGUAAAAUCCUGCGGAAAUUCAACUGUCCCGAGCGAUUCAUUCAGAUGGUACAUCAGCUCUACGAUAUCAUGACGGCGCGCGUCACGGUCGAGGGAGUCGUCUCAGAGACAUGCGCAGUGACCAACGGAGUGAGGCAGGGAUGCGUCCUGACGCCCACUCUCUUUAGUCUUAUGUUCUCUGCCAUGCUGGUGGACGCCUACCGUGACGAACGCCCCAGGACCCGCAUCGCCUACAGGACGGACGGCCACCUCCUCAAUCAAUGGUUGAUGCACUUGCAGUCACGCGUAUCUGCAACUUUUUUCCAUGAACUUCUCUUCGCGGACGACUGCGUCCUCAACACCAAUUCUGAAGGGGACAUGGAAAGGAGUAGGGAUCUCAUAGACGCCGCCUCCGACAACUUCGGCCCAAUCAGCUGCACGGAGAAGACGGUGAAUAUGCACCAACCGCCACCCGACGCUGCACUCGUCACACCACAAAUCAACGUGAACGGCGUGCAACUGCAAGUCGUGGACAACCUCACCCACCAGGGCAACACUCUCUGUCACAGCACAAAAAUCGACGCUGCUGUAUGGAGCGGAGACCUCGACGGUGUACAAGAAGCAGGCGCGGAGACUCGGUCAUUUCCAUCUCAUCUGUCCUCGAUGCAUAUAAGAAAUGAGAUGGCAGGACCGGAUCACCGAAACGGACGGGAAUCCUAG